AUGGAGCUGAAGGAAAUGUUUGAGGCAGACCUGAAGAAAAAGACUGAUGAAGCUUCUUCCAAAGUAGCCAUCGUGCUCAAAAGAGCCGAAGAGCAGGGUCAAAUGAUUGAAUCACUGCACUCAUCUGUUGCAAUGUAUAAACGACUUUAUGAAGAGGAACAGAAACGUUAUGCAUCUAAUUCUCGUUCUUCAGAUUUGCCUUCAGUGCCAGGAAGGAGUAACUUUUUACAUCUGCUUGAGGAUUCACAGGAAGCUACGAAAAGAGCCCAAGAAAAAACUUUUGAACGCAUCCGAAGUCUAGAAGAAGAUUUAGCGAAGGCUAGGAGUGAGAUAAUAGUGAUAAGGUCUGAACGGGAUAAGUUGGCCAUGGAGGCAAAUUUUGUUAGGGAAAAACUAGAAGGCAUCAUGAAAGAAUCUGAACGCAAGAGAGAAGAAGUGAACGGUGUUUUGGCAAGAAACAUAGAAUUCUCGCAGCUGAUCAUCGACCACCAAAGGAAGUUACGCGAGAGUUCUGAGUCUCUGCAUGCAGCGGAAGAGAUUUCUAGAAAAUUAUCAAUGGAGGUUUCCAUUCUAAAACAAGAAAAAGACGUGUUAUCCAAUGCUGAAAAACGUGCUUCUGAUGAAGUUUCUGCUCUAUCUCAGAGAGUUUAUCGUCUUCAGGCUACCUUGGAUACUAUACAGAGUGCAGAGGAAGUUCGUGAGGAAGCAAGAGCUGCCGAGAGAAGGAAACAAGAGGAGCAUAUCAAGCAACUUGAGAGAGAAUGGGCUGAAGCUAAAAAAGAAUUGCAAGAAGAAAGGAGCAAUUCGCGAAAUAGCACUUCGGAUCGCAAUCAAACUUUGAACAAUGCUGUUAUGCAGGUCGAACAAAUGGGAAAAGAAUUGGCUCAUGCCUUGAAGGCUGUCUCGGCAGCAGAGUCAAGGGCUUCUGUGGCUGAGGCUAGACUUUCUGAUUUGGAGAAGAAGAUAAGGUCUUCAGAUCCUAAGGGCCUUGAUAUGGACAGUGGAGUCGUCUCUCUUUCUGAUAAUGAGGCUGAAAAGAGACAGGAAUCGUUGGAAGCAGAGCUUGUUUCUCUUAGGGAAAGGGUGUCCGAACUUGAAAACGACUGUCUACAGAAAUCUGAGCAGAUAGCCAAUGCUGCUGCAGGAAAAGAAGAUGCUCUUGUUAUUCUGCAGUCUGAAACUAUUCAAGAGCUGACGAAAACAUCGCAGGCCUUGGCUUCCCUUCAAGAGGAGGCAUCUGAACUGCGUAAAUUGGCUGAUUCAAGGGGAUCGGAAAUUUCCGAGCAUAACUCCAAGUGGAGUGAAGAGAAAUGUAUGCUAGAGCAGCAAAAGAAUCAAGCGGAGAAGAUGUAUAAUGAACUUAAUGAACAGAUUUCAGUUGAUGUUCUUGUUACGAAUAUUCCACUCCUCUUAAUCCCUCUCUGCAUCAGAACAAACUACUCCAUAGCCGACUUGAGGCUAUGCAUCUUCGCUCAGCUGGGAAAGAUAGCCGUUCUGGAAACCUAUCAUCUGGAAGCACAGAAUCAGAUCAACUUGGAGAUUCUGGCUGAAACAGAGAUCUCACUUAUGAGACAGGAAAAAUUACGGUUGCAAUCGCAACUUGAGAGUGCCUUGAAGAUGGCAGAAUCUGCCCGGGGUUCACUUAAUGCUGAGCGUGCCAGCACAAGGGCCUCAUUAUUGACUGAGGAUGAAAUCAAAUCUCUUCAGCUCCAGAGAUUGCGUAAGGUAGCUCAAAAGGCUAAGACGGAUUCCGAAAACUUGGAAAAUCUAUUGAAGCAAAAGCAAACCGAGUUAGACUUGUGUGUAAGAGAGAUAGAAAGGCUGAGGAAGGAGUCAGAUCUGGAAAAGAAGAGGGUUGAUGAGUUGCGGGAGACGUAUAAAAACAUUGAUGUUGCUGACUACAAUCGCCUCAAAGAUGAAGUGCGGAAAUUCGAGGAGAAACUGAAAGCGAAAGAUGAUCAUCUUGAAGAACUGAGUGGGAAGGAGAAGAACUUAGACGCUGCUCAGCAAGCACAGGCGACUAUGGAGUCAGAAACUGAGAAGUUGAAAGCAGAGAUCGCCAGGAUCAAGAGAUCUUAUACUUUCAUGAAGAAAAAGCUCGACAAAGAAAAGGAAGACUUAAACAGUGAUAAUCAGUCGCUCUCUAAACAGUUAGAGGAAGCCAAAGAGGCUGGAAAGAGAACAACGACCGACGCUACGGUGGAGCAAGUCGCUAAGGAGAGAGAUGAAAAAGAACAAAAAAUUCAGAUAUUGGAUAAGUAUCUGAAGAAAAAGGAUGAGGAAUUAACAAAAGAGAAAACAGAACGCAAGUCUGUUGAGAAGGUAUUUAAAGACGCCUUGGCCAAGAUUAAAAAGGAGAAAACAAAAGUGGAUGAAGAGCUGGUUAAGCUCGAGAGGUAUCAGACGGCAUUGGCUAAUCUCUCUGAAGAAAUGGACAAACUGAAGCAAGCGGAUGGAAAUCUUCCAGAGGGUACUUCAGCUGUCCAAGUUCUCUCUGGAAGCGUAUUGAAUGACCAAGCCGCUGCCUAUUUAUCAGCGGUUGACUCUUUUGAACGCAUGGCUCGUACUAUUGUCCUCAAUUCUCAAGGCAGCACCAAAUCUACCGAUAUGGUUACUGAAGCUUCCCCUGCUACAGUUGAGCCUUCAGGCAUUGGCAGAUCUUCUUCGUCAAAAGCACCGGUGGCAACUACCCAGCAGCAACCCAAAGUGAAGAGAUUGACUUUGCAGAAACCAAACGCUGAACUCCGCAGAGGGAGGAUUAUUCGUCCCCAGCUUGGCAAACUAGAGGAACCUCCUCAAGUUGAUGCUGAGAUGCCAGAAGCUGAAGGAGCUGGUGGUGAAGGAAAACAGUCUUCCUCCCAUGUUACAGAGAGCCAAGGAACCACAAUUGUUCCGCCUGUUGAGACACAAGUCCGUAAACGCCAAGCUGAGUCGUUGGCUUCUGAGCCACAGCAAGGGACUCAAGGGGAAACCAGUUCCGAGAUUGCACCACCUGCGUCGAAGAAGCCAAAAGGAUCCGAGUCACAACCUGAUACUGCUGAAGGUCAAGAACCUCUCCAAAGAGCCAGAGAUGGAUGA